AUGUCUACCAGAGGAAUUUGCGAUACACGCUGCCAGGCGUUUCACGUGGGAAUGAUACAGAAAGAAGACUCUUUACGCAUGAGAUGGUUUUUGAAAAAUCAACAGAAAUUAUUGGACCGUCUGAAAACAACGGGAACCGCGACGAAAAUUGAAACGCCUACGCAUGAACCAGCGAAACAAUCGAGCGCAGAUAUUAUACGCAUAAAGCCACUGCCAAAUUGGAGACCGCUCGAGCCUGAUGGUUCUAUCAAUAUGAACAUAAUGAAACCGAUCGAACCGCGAGUAAGGGCUCUCUUGUACGAGGAUGCUCCAAGCUUCGUCACUGCUGAAAAUUACAUCAGUGAAAGAUUAAAAGACAUCCCAGAAGAUCGUUACUACUUCCCCGAUUGUACCAGUUGGGUAUACGGAUGGCGUCUAUCAGAUUAUCCACCUGUUCCGCGAAGUAAGGUUGGACAAAGAAAUGUUAUGAUAAACGAAUUCUACCGUCCGAGAUUCUCGAGUCUUCAGAGAGAUCCAGAAUGGCACCGUCCUUGCCAACAUACUCCGUCAAUAUGCGACGAUGAUGUAAACUAA